UAGAUAAGAUAACUAUAUGUGAUUAGUUUAGAUAUGAUUCUCCUAUAUUCUUGUAAAGAUACAGAGCAUAUUCUGAUAUCUCUCAACUGCUUUGUAUUAUAUAUUGUGAAGAGUAAUACACGUACAAUUCAAGGGAAACUCACUUGCUUUCAUGGUAUCAGGGGUUCUAGCGAUCCAGAACCUUAAUCUUUGCUCCUCUCUCUCUCUUAUUCUUUUCUUCUUCCGCAUCAACUUUCUCUUUUCUAUUCCCUCUCUCCAAUGGCUGCUGCUCCAGCGCAACUCGAGCGCGCCUAUGGCGUUACCAACAUCAAACACCAUAUUCCCAUCAUUCUCGACAUUGACGAUGGCAACUACGAUGCUUGGAGAGAACUGUUUCUCACCCAUUGCGAAAGCUUUGACGCCUCCGGCCAUCUCGACGGUACGCUGUUACCCACUGAUGUUGCUGAUGUCGCUUGGAAGAAACGUGAUGGUCUGGUGAAGUUAUGGCUCUACGGUACCUUGUCCAAAGAUCUCUUUAAGAGUACCUUCAAAACCGGUGGAACUUCACGAGAGAUCUGGCUUCGUCUGGAGAACUUCUUCAGAAAUAAUCGGGAGGCUCGCGCCAUCCAACUAGACCACAAGCUUCGCAACACCGAGAUUGGAGAUAUGACGAUCCAUUCAUACUGUCAGGAACUCAAGUCUAUCGCCGAUGUUCUAUCCAAUGUCGACGCACCUGUGAAUGAAAGAGCCUUGGUGACUUACCUUCUCAAUGGCCUCAAUGCUAAGUAUGACAACAUAAUCAAUGUCAUCAUGCAUCGACAGCCUUUUCCAAGCUUCGAGGAUGCACGCUCCAUGCUACUUCUGGAGGAAGAGCGUAUCAACAAGGGUAAGAAGCCGAAUCCUACACACACUGACUCUGCAUCUUCGGCGAAGGUCCUCGCUGCCACUGACUCAAGUUCUGAUUAGAAAGCUCCCAGCAACAGAAACCAUCAACAACAACGUUUCAAUCAGAACAGAGGACAUCGAGG